AUGAGUGGGGAACAGCUCGAUGUGAUGAUCAGAGAUAUUCAGAAGGACCCAAGAAGGAUUCUACUAUUGGACAUCCUAGGUCGACAACUGGAAGAUCUAAUCGCUGAAAAGAGUCCGGAUCUCCACGAACUGUGUGAGACAUUGAGAGCAGAAAACCUCGUGUUAGAGGAGGAAUGCCAAGUACUUCAUGCCAUUCUCUGCGUGGACGCUGAUGCCGUCUCAAAGGCAACCUUAAAUGCUGCUGUGGAACAAUUAAUCAAAGACGUCGGAGCCAAGGUUCUUGGCAAGCGCAAGAUCCGCGAGGGUAACAGUGUUGCGAUUAACAAUGGAGUGGAACUCGAUAGCAACAUAUUUCGGCGGCUUCGCGAGGAAGAUUGGUUUGAUGCCUGGACCAUUGUGGCGGCGAUGCAAAUAUCGGACAAGCCUUUCUUCGUUCACCAUGGCUAUAGCGUUCCAUUAGACGAACUGGGAAGAAAUGAGAGGAUGAAACCUGUCAAGCGACCUCUUGCUGGCUGGGCCCAGAAGAUUAUUGACUUCCGCAAAAAAGCUUAUGAGAUAUAUGGGGAUUCGACACGUCUGGUGUACUUCUGCCCUCUGAACCAUGGCAACCGGCAUUUCACAUUGCUCGAGAUCAAUGAGCGUGAAGAAGUUAUCCGUCACUAUGAUUCGCAUGCAGACCAAAGCGUAAUCCACGGCACCAUGAAGCUGACACGAGUGCAGAAGUUGGUGAAAGAAGAAUUCGGUGACUUAAAAUUCACAUUUCGUGAAGCUCCCACGCCGCAGCAAAAUGACAGCUGGAGCUGUGGUGUUAGGGUUGUCUGGAAUUUCCGACGUUUGGCGAAUAAUCUCCCAGUUGGGGAUUGGAACAUGACACUUAGCCCGGAACGUAUGAAAAUGGAGAUUGUGGAAGGGUUUGCCGCGUGCAUUGAGAAUGGAGCCAUGAAGAGAUAUAGGGAGUAA